AUGGCCGAAACAUCACAAAUUUUGAACGCGAACGAGCCUCAUGGAAUUGAACGCGUGCAGCGGGAAACUACAGCAGGCGAGGCGCAUAUGGAGGCGCAAGAGAACGGGGUGGGCAAUCAAGUGGGCCACAACGUCGAGGUAGCCCAUGAAGCCGCCCAACAAGCAGCUUCUUCUGCUAAGAUGCAUGGACAGGCAUGGACAGGCGAGCCCAACACAGCGGCUGCUCAAUUUCGUCAUGAAGUCACGGCGAAGACCAAUGAAGCGGUUGGGCAGGGACAACACGAUGUAGAAGAGGCGAAGGCAGUUGGAGCAGGCUACGUAGAACAGGCUAAGACCUUGGCAAACAACGUCCUUGCGACAGCUCAGUCGUAUCUGCCAACUAGCCUUAGCGGAGGCGGUUCUACAGAGGGAGGCAACGGGACCUCUUUUACUGAUUCAGUAGUGUGGACAGCGAGCAGUAUCGCGUCCACCGUUCAAUCAGGCGCCACCACUGCUCUCGAUUCGGCAAAGGAAUUCGCAACUACGGCGCAUCAGGCAGGCGUUGAAGCGGCCAACCCUCAUAUCGAAAACGCUAAGAAUGCCAUACAUCCUCCCAGCGGAGGCAUACAACCACCGGCCUCGUCUACUGGAAUUCCGGCCAGCUCAGCUCCGCUACAAUCGGAACGAGGGAGGACUAAGGAUGUAGAUCAUCUUACUCCUUUCGAGCAACCGUUGCCUAAGGGGGCGACCCUGAGCGUCCCUUGCAUCAACCUGCCACAGUCACCAAGCACUCGAGCUCACCCCAUGGACAAUCUCGUAAACCUCGCAAAGCAAGGCUUUGACGCCUACAAUGGUAGUUCUCAGAACCCCGAUGCUAUCAAAGCCCAAUUCAAAGAAGCGAUCCACAAAGGAGCAGAGUCCUUGAUGGAAUCAACGAAAGAGUUCUUACUCGCGGCGCACGAGUCUGGUAUGAAGGGCGCGCAACCGCAUCUCAACCAAGCAAAGCACUCUGCUGGGGACAUGGCCGCCCAUUCCGCGAUGCAGCAGGCGAUUGGGGGAUCAUCGUUUGGGUCGAGGGAUGAUUCCGAUAGGGAUAGGCGCAGCGAUAGAAAUGAUAGAGAUGAUAGAGAUGAUAGGGAUGAUAGGGAUGAUGACAGGAGAUCGCAUGGUCGUUCUUAUGGUCGAGAGACCCGCGAUUGA